AAACAAAAAUCGUUCAAGGUCCCCACCGAAUGAAAAUACUCGUAAAUACAUAGUGGAGGAAGAGUACCUAAAUUACAACUUGUAACAUUUAUUUUAUUCUGUAAGUUUUUAUAAAUAGCCAAAAUCAUGUUAGGCCUACUCCUGUUGUACUAUCCUAAAGAGUUAUAUAGUUAUUAUUAUGGCUAUCACUCAUAAGAAAUGUACUAAAGUCAGUAAAAGAAAUGGAUAAAUUAUAUAAUCAAGGUAUAAGCAAUAUUUGAGUUCCUCAAAAAAGAUAGAUGUACCAUAAUUGAUAGCCACCCAAAAAUGUGCUGAAUUCACAACAUGGAUGACAACCCUUUUAAAUGUUCCCUGUGCAGCUAUACAAGCAUGAAAAGUGUGCAAUUAAAAAGGCAUAUGUUAAAAACGCACACAGGAGAGAAAAAAUUUAAUUGUUUCCUGUGCAACUAUGCAAGUAUAAGAAAAGGGGAUUUACAAAGACAUAUGUUAACUCACGCAAGUGUAAAACCAUAUAAGUGUUCCCAAUGCAGCUAUGCAAGUGUUACAAAACGGCAGUUACAAAAACAUAUGUUUACUCACACAGAAGAGAAACCUUUUAGGUGUUCGCUGUGCAUCUAUUCAUGUACUCUGAAAUCGGAUCUAAAAACACAUAUGCUAAAUCAUGCAGGUGAGAAACCAUUUAAGUGUUCCCUGUGUAUCUAUUCAUUUACUCGGAAGGAGAAUCUAAGAAGACAUAUGUUAACUCAUACAGGCGAGAAACCAUUUAAGUGUUCCUUGUGCGACUAUGGAAGUAUUUUGGAAAGUAAUAUACAGACGCAUAUGUUAACUCACACAGGAGAGAAACCAUAUAAGUGUUCCCUUUGUGACUAUGAAACUAUUUCGAAACGUAAUGUACAGACGCAUAUGUUAACUCACACCGGUGUGAAACCAUAUAGGUGUUCCCUUUGCGACUAUGGAAGUAUUGUGAAAUGUAAUGUACAGACGCAUAUGUUAACUCACACAGGUGAGAAACCAUUUAAGUGUUCCCUAUGCAUCUAUUCAUGCACUCAGAAGGAGCGUCUAAGAAUACAUAUGUUAACUCAUACAGGAGAGAAACCAUUUAAGUGUUCCCUGUGCACCUAUUCAUAUACUCGGAAGGAGUGUCUAAGAAAACAUAUGUUAACUCACACGGGAGAGAAACCGUUUUAA